GACCAGCUGAGGAUCCGGCGAGCGCUGGAGAGGGGGCUCCUGAAGACGCUGCAGAAACUGGAUGAGUAUCUGAAUUCGCCCCUCCCUGAUGAAAUUGAUGAGAACAGUAUGGAGGACAUCAAGUUUUCCACACGUAGAUUUCUGGAUGGUGAUGAGAUGACAUUGGCAGACUGCAACCUGCUGCCCAAGCUGCACAUUGUCAAGGUGGUGGCCAAAAAAUACCGCAACUUUGAUAUUCCUAAAGGAAUGACGGGCAUCUGGAGAUACCUGACAAACGCCUACAGCAGGGAUGAGUUCACCAACACCUGCCCCAGCGACAAGGAGGUGGAAAUCGCAUACAGUGAUGUCGCCAAGAGACUUACCAAGUAGACAGCACUUUUGAGAGAGAUGCCUUCAGAUCCCCCAGAAUCCGCUUUCCUAACAGACUGCUCUGCCUCCUCUAAAAUAGAAGUGUAUUUUUUUGCAUGAACAUGCAGUUACUCAAGACUAGGAUUAAAGGUAGACAAAGUGUAGUAGUUAUCUCCAAUACACACUCCUAAGCAGUAUUAUUCUAAAAUCCUCUACCCGGCCCCCCUGCCCUGCCCAUCUCCUCCAGUUCGGAGGCACUCCACCACAAGCUCGUCACACGAGAGGCAGUUUGCCAUCCCUCUGGAGCCCCGACCAGCAUGUCCAUCCACUGUGUAGAUGGCAAACUUGAGGUCCAGUGGUCAACCAUUAGAAUAGUAGCCGUGGCGUCAGUGGGCCCACGCUGGUGUGUAAUGCAUGGUACAAAGAAUAUUUAUGUAUUGGGGAGAAUUGUAAUAUUGAGUAAGGAAUAUGGACGGGUUGCUACUGUGUUGGACAUACUAUUUCAGUGUCCUCUGCCCUGGAGUGUGCUGAGGGUGUUGCUGUCUGGGAAACUGCCUUCCAUAGAGAGACUGCUGGGUUCUUGGUAGAUACUUAA